AUGCCCACCACUGCACGAAAAGUGAGCUCAGAACGAAACACGCGUAAACGUCGUGCGAUACCCCACGUGGUCGCGGUGAUGACAUUGGCGUCUGUGCUGCUUGCUUUGGUAACUCAUCUGAGUUUUUCAAAAACCAAAGAGAUCAAAAAAAUGAAAAUUUCACUUUUGAGCCGAGACUAUGGCCGGGAGGGCAUGGGCGCGAACGUGCGAAGUUCAACUCGCGAAUAUGAUGAGAAGACCUCAGGGCGUGGUGGUCACGUCGCCGUGUACAUCACCGGCCAGGCGCGGAGCUUGGAUCGUACGAUAUGUUCUCUGCGACGAAACGUUUUCGCUCCCCUCGUUCAACAAGGAUACGCCCUGACAAUUUUCGUCGUCGGCGAGGACGAUGCUGAUGAUGCUUAUAAAUACGCUUCUUACCUUGGCCCCGACGCGUUACCCAAAGGUGUGACGCUAGGGUCGAUCGUAACGAAAUCAAGACCCGAAGCUCCGAGGUCGUGCGUCGAAGCUGUACAGUACGCGAAUUUCCGCUGGUACGACUCGGGCGGCUCCGGGUCGAGUUCGAAAAACGGUGUGUACACCGAGGAGGUUCUUUCGCAACUGCGAUACCGGCAAGAUGUCGACAUCGCUCGGCGCGAGUACGAGACGCGACAUCGCGUGACGUUCGAAUGGAUUGUAAAUCCCCGCCCGGAUAACGUUUUUGUGAAUCCAAUACCAAUUUUAAGCGAAUUAAACUCGGCGAGGUUGUACGUGCCGAGUUGGGGACACGGAUACGACUCGCGUAGUUUAAGCGAAGACAAACGGCGAGUGGGUAUCAACAACCGAUUCUCGUUUGGUGGUCGCGAGGUGAUGGGUAAGUACAACGAGUUAUACGGAGUUUUAUGCGGCGGCAGUGAGGCAGGAGGGAAGAAGCUUAGUAUCCGAGCACGAGAAGACCUCGACGCCGUGUUCACUAGAAUGCCUGCGCGGAUGAACUUCGAGCAGCUCGUGCACUGGUACCUGAGAACGGUCGUACGAGUACAAACGGAGCAUAUACCGGGCGAGUUUUUGUUUUUCCGUCUGCGCAAAGGUCCCGCGCCGCGAACGCUUCCGCUCGAACACCCUGGGCACAGACCAGCACUCGUUUCUUUCCUGCGUUUUAAGUUCCGGUUAGAGACGGAGGCGAAACGCUGGGACGUCUGGAGAAAUGCGUGUAUGCUCGUAUGGGAGUGCGAUGGGUCUGAAGCGGUGCGACAGGGUAUGGAAGCAAUAGCGCGGGCGCAGACAACGCGAAGACAAUUUACGAUGAUAGCGUUGCGACGUAUGUUUCCUGACUGGUCAUUCGCGAGAAACGUCGGGAUGCCGGGAGGAUCGUGGGAUGGCUUUGGGGACCUUGCGUAAUCGAGGUACCGAAAACGAGAAAAGAGCGGUCGAUGGCAUGAUGGAAAGAGGAAACUUCAGUUGGGCGACCGUUUGUGUAGUAAUACAAACGGCGAUCGGAUUGGGUAUUCAGACGGACACGACGUGGUAGACGACGGCGGGAUUUGACGCGGUAGACGACGAGCAGGAUGCGCGCAGGUCUCCGACGCGCGCGAAGAAACGAUUGCGCCGGGGAACGACCGACGUGUCGACCUCCCACCCCGCCGCCACGGCCGGUCGCCGUUGCCAUGUCUAAGAAAAUAACCGAUUAAAACUAUGAUAUUAUUUAGUAUUAUUAUUCU